AUGAAUCGCUUGUUCAGGGAAGCGUCUGACAUUUUCUUACAGCGUAAAGCGGAGGCUCAACUAGAUCCCUUUGCCCUCCAACGUGUAACAUCUCAUAAACCGUGCAAGACCAAGACGUUCAUUUGGUCCCUACCCGUGGAAAUCCUCAUCGCUACCGUCGCCCUUCUAGGAGUGCAAGAUCUGCGCACUGUACACAAAAACUUCCCAACCUCCCCGAAGGAUUUAUUCCACAUUCGUGUAGACCCGCAGAAUUUUGACGUUCUGGCUACUUGGAGGCGAACGGAUACUUUUCGUCCGCCGCGUAUGGUGUUGAGUUGGCUGGAUUCUGGUUUGCGAUCCUCACAGCUAUCCGCAUUUUCCCACUUCCUCGAAUCCGUCCCCCACAAAUCGAUACGAUAUAUCACACUUCUUUGGAAUUUUGACAUUCUCACAUCCCCGGUUCUCCCACAAAUUGUUGCAUUACUAGAAAGCAUCCGUGCCUCCGGCGUCGAAGAGCUGACGUGCAUGGGUGCGAACAACCUGAAAGCCUUUGAAACAUGUUCGCGGGCAUUCUUUUCCCCAAACGUCCUUCCUUUCACAAUUCAAACCAUCCGCCUUUCCCGCAGUUUGGAAAAGCUUCGACUGAGUUCCGUCAAGCUCAGUUCUGCGCAUUGGGAUAAACUCCUGCGCCAUCUUGCGAUUCCAACCCUUGUCGAACUCCGAGUCGAUGCGGACUGUGCGCCAUCCACGCUCGUUCGUUUUCUGGCCCGUCACCCUGCUAUCACUAACCUCAGUGUCAUCCCGCGACCUGGUAGUCCUUGGAGGGCCAAUCGAAUCACCACUCGUUUGAGUCUUUCUCUAUCGUAUGCUAGAUGGACCCCCUUGUACAUCUCCUCCAAGUCCUUGGAGUCAUCCAUCAAACACUUAGUGAUUGACUACUCGGAUGGUUUAGUCUCCGGUGCUGCAGGUGAUACCUUGGCGCUAUCUGCGGCAUGGAUUCAAGCUCUUCCUAAAGUCAAGCGUUUUACUUUGCAAGGUUACUCAGCUACUACUGCCGAGGAUCUUGUCAACAUCAUGCGUAGCUUUGCUGCGGGUGAUGUUGAAUUAGGUGUGGAUGUGCAGGUCGCACCAAAAUCAUAA